CAGACCCAAAUACCUGGCCCUUGCCCUAAAACAUGUAGUUUAUAGAGAUUCAUUCAGACUACAAAGGACCUCGCAUUCAUUUUCAAUUUUCCUCUUGCUGGUUUACAACUUCCAGGCACGAGUGCAGUUUACCUUAUUUUACUGUUUGGGUUGAGCUCAUUCUCCCGUUUGUUUUAUUCUCCUCUGUCUGAUUGUAGCGGUGAAGUUAAGUUCAAUAACCUUAAAUCCACAUAAGCCACGGGCAGCAGCGACCCUUCACCACCCUCUUAUAAAACGUGACUAACAACCCGCCAUUGUCUGUUGCCCUGCAUCUGAAGUGGAUCAGACGUCUUAUUGUUUGUUGCCAGGAGAAAACAACACACAACAGUUGGAUUAACUGUCUUCUUCAAACUUUAUUGUCUUCUCUCCCUCCUGCUCUCUGUCCUGUAUUUACUUUGGCUGCGUUCUGUGUGUGCUUUCACAUGUUGUUUUUCAGUGUUAAUAUCGUCUUUGAUGUUAUCCUCUGACAAAAACUCCUGACGCUUUCAGCCAAGAAUGAAACCUUGUUUAUGCAAGUGUUUUGAAUAUCAGGAAAUGGAAUAUUUCUUUGUAAAUAAGUAACAUUUCCUCAUAGGUCUAUUUUUCUAAGAUUUAUUUGCACAAAGUAACUUUCUUGGCUAACAAAUAGGUUGCUGUUAACAAGCUAGAGUUUGGUGUUGAAUUAUGUAUUAUAAAACAGAUCAACAAAUCAGAUUGAUCUAUGACCUUGUGGACCAAACCAUUUGAAGUGAUGAACGGGGUGAAUGUAUUUAAAUAUCACUGUUAAAUGAGUGUGUUUUACCCAAAAUACAUGCGCGCCAAUACACACACACGCACGCACACACACACACACACACACGCACAGAAGGAAGACAGAUGCCUUUUAUUCAUUGGUGUGAGGAGGAUGGACGAAUGUGUCCACUGGGGUUUGCGCGCACGUACACACACACAUACAGAGUUACUGGGGGCGGGGCACCAGAUGAGCUCAGUGAUAGAGACGACAAGCAGCGUCCCUCUCCAUCUGUCCCUCACUUACAAACACACACACACACACCGUAAUGGUCACCAGCUGGACGAGCAGAGAAAGUGUUUGUGUGUGUUUUGUGGGUUUUAAUCCAAGUGAAUAUUAAGGAUCAUUAAGAUAAUGAAGCUGCUUAUUUGAUUAGGCUUCAGAAAAUGUCAAAAGGGUCAUGCAGCAUGUGUCGGGCAGAAGGAGAGGCAGAGAGUCUCAGACGUCCUCUAAUUUUUACAUUUGUUCUUGUUUUAUGGAUCAUGAUGUGCACUAUAUAUGGUUUUGGCCUCUCUUCUCUUUCAGGACGUUUCUUGUCUGAACCGUGACACCAGUAAGGUGAUCGUGGUCGACUGUAAGCGGGAGGCGUUCAGCCUGCAGCCCUUCAAUGGAAUGGCCCUGAAGAAAUGGGACGGGAACUCGGAGGACAGGACGCUCUACGACCUUGCCAACUUCCUCAAGGCCAUCGCUCUGGGCGGUGUUGAUGACGUUCGGUUGGUGCUGGAGAACUACGCUCUCGAGGACGACCCCAUCGAGGCUUUCAAACGCAGACAGGCUCAGCUAGCACAGGAGGAGGAGCAGCGAUUGUCUGAGUCCUCCCUGCAGAAGAAACAGGGACUUUCAUUCGGUUCCAUCGCCUCGCGGUUCUGGCGCUCCAAACAGCAAUGAGCCCCCCCACACUCCCACCUAUCACAGCCCAGCUCUCCGCCAGUGUCCAGGUGAGGGAGAGGCCGGAGGAGAGGGGGGUGUGGUGGGCCUGUGGACUGUAGCUGGGGCCGUCUCCACCGUCGCAAGCAACCAGUCAUGUCAGAGUGGGCGGGGCCUGCAGUGCUGGAGCGGAGCAAGGGCAUUGGCCGUGAUGUGCACCAAUAAGAGAGGCAGACUUUUUUUUUUAUUUAUUUCUAAUUUUCCUAUUUCUCUGAGGCGGGCGUUGGUGGCCCCUCCAUGGUCACACCGGUGUCUGCUACUGAUUGGUGGUCAGGUGGAAAACUCUGGAGGCAAAUCUUAGACCAGCAGUAUGACGGUCACGCCGGCUGUGAUCAGCGGCGCCGCUCACAAGAUCUGACCCGAGAUCAGCUACACUCUGUCCCAUGCCACGCCUCCAGAACAUAUAUUUUAUUUCUCUUCCACUUUGCGUCGCUGCUGCAGAGGAAUAUGUUUCUAAAAAAAAAAAAAAAAAGAAUAAACUCUACAUAGUAUAAGAUUCAUUCAGUGUGUUCAAACGCCCACAACGUGUCGGGACAGCUGGUGGUGGCAGCGUGAACGUGUCGGGGCUCGUUUGACAUGGACUUUUACAACUGAACAGUGGCUGAGCCCAUGUAGGACAAGAAUGAAGUAAACAUUCAGAUAAUCGGAUAUGGUGUGGUGGCGGUCUAAAUUUUAAAGAUCUGACACACUUUCUGUGGCUCUGAACAUCAUUCGUUCCUGCUGAAAAUGUAAGUCUGUCAAAGGUGGGAAUAGAAUGAAGAACCAGAAGGUGUUAGAAAAAAAUAACUCUUUCUGUUCUUCCACACUGAGUUUCGGCUAUUUAUCCACACGGACCCAGCGUUUUCAGAGCCCUGAAUCACUAUUUUUGAAAGAAAAUCUCAAAAUGCCGGCCUUGCGGUUUCAUUACAAUGUAACCCUGCAGUUUUCAAAUUAAAAUUCCCAGUGUGCAUUUAUCUGUGCCAAAACACAGCCUCACAGUUUUCUAAAUAAAAGUCUCAGUUUUUGUUUGUCCCUGUGGGAGCACAAGCCUGGAUUUUUCAAAAUAAAAUGAGACCAGCACCAUUUCCUGUCAACUGUUUUAGAGGCUGCAAAACUCUGGAGUCGUGUGGACGACGAGCAUCGUGGUUUGUUUAAAAAUGAGCGUGUAAGUGUGGACUGGGCUCACUAAAUGUUUACCAUUUGAUAAAUAAUAAUAGCCUGAGUGUGAUGUGAUGUCACUGGUCUUGUCGUCUUUGCUGUUGUCUCUGUCUCUCUGUUGCUCAGAACUGUCCAGCAUCCAAAUGGACAGAUGUGACUGUGAGGACGUUCUGAGCACAGAAACCAUGGCUCAGCUGCUGUUCUGUUGUGGCGUUGAUGUGAACUUGCCAUUCACAUACUCAAUAAAAAAAAAGAAAAACUCA